AGUUCUUUGCUAUUCUUCAUCGCUAACGUAAUGCUAGCUCAUUCUAUUGCCUGCAUCUUCCACCUCGACCAAAGACUACCAAACACAAGAAGCUGCAUCUACCCGACACAUAAUAAGUCUUUAAUCCCGUUUUUGUUAAUUGUUUAAGUAAUGUAGAAUGGCGUCGUGUUUUGGGAAGAUUGUCGUUGGUACUUAUGUGGAGAUAAAGCGCAGUGAUGGACGAAUACACCAGGCGAUGGUGACCUCGCUGAAUGAGGACAACGAGAGUGUCACGGUGGAGUGGAUAGAAAAUGGAGACACAAAAGGGAAAGAGGUAAAUUACCACGUAAAGCACCAGCAUGUGCUUCUUUUCAUCCACAGUCCAGGACAGCUAGAUGAUAAUCGUCGGACGAUAGCCCCCACUAAGAAUGACGCUCCGUCCAGGGACAACAGAGUGAUUCCGACCCGGGCCAGACAGCCACCACCUCAACAACCAGAGCCUGCACCACCACCACCGCCGCCGUCUCUGCAGCCUACACAGCUCACUCAGGCUCAGACACAACAGCAGCUGCUGAAUGCGAGGAGGAAGUCAAACUGCGUGAAGGAGGUGGAGAAACUGCAGGAGAAGAGAGAGAGACGCCGGAUUCAGCAGCAGGAGCUCAGGGAGAAGAGAGCUCAGGAGGUGGACACCACCAUCCCCAACUAUGAGAUCAUGUACAUGAUCCGAGAUUUCCGAGCCAGUCUAGACUACCGGCCCCUGACCACAGCGGAUCUGAUUGAAGAGCACAGAAUCUGUGUGUGUGUGAGGAAACGUCCACUCAACAAGAAAGAGUUGUCCAUGAAGGAUUUGGAUGUGAUCACCGUCCCCAGUAAGGACGUGGUGAUGGUUCAUGAACCAAAGCAGAAAGUGGACCUGACCCGCUACCUGGAGAACCAGACGUUCCGCUUUGACUACGCCUUCGAUGACAGCACCACCAAUGAGAUGGUUUACAGGUUCACUGCCAGACCUCUAGUGGAGACCAUUUUUGAGAGAGGCAUGGCCACCUGCUUUGCCUACGGGCAGACAGGCAGUGGAAAAACACAUACUAUGGGUGGAGAUUUCUCUGGGAAGAACCAAGACUGCGCUAAAGGAGUCUAUGCAUUAGCUGCUCGGGAUGUAUUUCUCAUGUUGAAGAAACCCAACUACAAGAAGUUAGAUCUACAAGUCUACGCAACCUUCUUUGAAAUUUACAGCGGAAAGGUGUUUGACCUGCUGAAUCGUAAAGCUAAGCUGAGGGUGCUGGAGGACGGGAAACAGCAGGUCCAGGUGGUUGGGCUUCAGGAGAAGGACGUCAAGUGCACGGAGGAGGUCUUGAAACUCAUAGAAGUGGGCAACAGCUGCAGAACAUCGGGGCAGACAUCAGCCAACGCCCACUCCUCUCGCAGCCACGCCGUUUUCCAGAUCAUUCUCCGGAGGAAGGGGAAAAUGCACGGCAAGUUCUCCCUCAUCGACCUCGCAGGCAACGAGAGGGGAGCGGAUACCUCUAGUGCUGACCGCCAAACCCGUCUGGAGGGAGCGGAGAUCAACAAAAGCCUGCUUGCCCUCAAGGAGUGUAUCAGGGCUCUUGGCCGUAACAAGCCUCACACUCCAUUCAGAGCCAGUAAACUGACUCAGGUCCUGAGAGACUCUUUCAUCGGGGAGAAUUCACGCACAUGCAUGAUUGCAACAAUCUCUCCCGGUAUGACGUCCUGUGAGAAUACCCUCAACACACUACGCUACGCCAACAGGGUGAAGGAGCUGACAGUGGACGCCAACCAAGCGAUGGACGGGGGUCGACCCAACAUCAACGCCGUCAACCAGCUGGAGCUGUUAGACGAGGACUGGCUGAGCAUCUCGCCGCAGAGAGACGACCUCAAACUGCUCUGUGAGCAGAAUGAGGAGGAAGUGUCUCCGCAGCUCUUUACUUUCCACGAGGCGGUGUCUCAGUUAGUGGAGAUGGAGGAGCAGGUCCUGGAGGACCACCGAGCUGUGUUCCAGGAGUCCAUCAGAUGGCUGGAGGAUGAAAAGGUACUGCUGGAGAUGACGGAGGAGGUGGAUUACGAUGUGGAGUUGUACGCCACUCAACUGGAGCAGAUCCUAGACCAGAAGAUAGAAAUCCUCACGGAGCUCCGAGAUAAAGUGAAGUCAUUCCGCUCUACGCUCCAGGAGGAGGAGCAAGCAAGUAAGCAGAUCAACCCCAAGAGGUCACGUGCUCUCUAGAGAGCUGAGAGGGAAGAGGUUUAAGUGGCACAUACAGAAGCAAAACCACUCCACGUUCAGCACCACUCGGGCCGUCUCCAGCAGCUGUGACGGUGGAAUAAAAGAACAGUCUGACGUACCGACAGGCUCCAGGAUUUGAAGCAUUUAUUUUGAUCCCUCUCCUAACAACACUGUUCGUUCACUUCGGUCUCGUUAGAAAACUUAGGAAGGACAAUAGUUGUGUUUCCUUCAUGGAGAAUGUUUAGUCUCCCCUCUCUGUUCUUAUUAAAUUAUUUUCUUUUAUACUUGUUUGUACUUUCUUUGAACAGAAUAUUUUUCACCUGGUUUCAGAAGAGGUCUUCAUCGAACAUGUUUUGAAGGUUUACUUUACUAAACCAGUAUUUGGUUUCUGGUUGCCCUGGCUGACAUGUCUGCAUGUGCACUCUGCGAUAGCUUACGUACGCCACCGUCCUUUGGUUUUUAUGCUUUUGGGCCCUCGGUUGGCAUUGUGUAGUCGUAUUAUUAUGAGCGGUCUCUUCUCUCUGUUCCUUCCUUCUCAGAAAGAAGCCUUUAACCACAGCGUGCUUCUUCCCUUGUUUCCUUCCUCGUGUCCCGGAGGAUUCUACAUGUAGUCUGCUUCAGUUUGUGCCAUGUCGCUCUAUGUGGCAACUGAUUUAAACACUCUUACUCAACGUAAACAAUGUUUUCCACCCAUGUUUAACACUUUGUUAUAAAACUGAACUGCUAUUAAUACAUGUAUAGUAAAACCCGCUGAUCUACCAUCGGUCAUGUCUCAGUGUUUGCACCGGAUGUAAUGCUGGAUGAAGAAUAAAGAUUCAUGUGUUUCAUUUAAAA